AUGACGAGCCCGGAUCUCGGUCGCUACAAGCGCUUCGUACGUUAUUUCUGGGAUCCAGAGCCAGAAAAUGACGAUAUUUCUGGAACGCCAAUUUGGUGUUUAGGCCGUGAAUACGUGUCUUCUGCAUCAACAUGCAACGACGACAGUUUUGAAACGAAGGACGAUCAGUUACAAAGCGCGCCAGCAGAGGGUAAUGUUACCAGCAACAUUGGCGGUGAUGCUACUCACUGCUUUAAUGAAAGUAGGCGGGAAAGCGUCGGUGGUUGGCCGCCAUCCUUCUUAGAUGACUUUGAGUCAAAGAUAUGGCUCACAUACCGGUCCAAUUUUCCCCUAAUCCCAAAAUCACGGAAUUCGAAAGCGACCUCGAAUAUGACCUUAUCAGUGCGUCUAAGAAGUCACUUGCUUGACCCUUCCGGUUUCACCUCUGAUACCGGCUGGGGUUGCAUGAUCAGGUCCGGUCAAAGUCUACUCAUCAAUACUUUGGUUAUUCUAAGGCUCGGGCGAGACUGGCGAAGAGGCAGCGGGCCAAUUGAGGAGAGGCGCAUUCUUUCCUUGUUUGCAGAUGACCCAGACGCGCCGUUCUCAAUCCAUCGUUUUGUUGAGCACGGAGCCACAGCUUGCGGAAAGCAUCCAGGAGAGUGGUUUGGGCCAUCUGCCACGGCUCAUUGCAUAGAUGCGCUUGUAAACGAACUGAGCGGGAUCGGACUCAAGGUUUACGUGACCGGUGAUGGCGACGAUAUAUAUGAAGACAGAUUAAUGAAAGUCGCAACAACCGAAGACGGCACCUUUACCCCUACUCUUUUGCUAGUCGGUAUCCGGCUGGGUAUUGAUCGAGUGACUCCACUUUAUUGGGAAUCGUUAAAAAGUUCCCUGACUCUUUCACAAUCCGUUGGGAUUGCUGGCGGCCGGCCCUCUUCCUCCCACUACUUCGUCGGCGUUCAGGGAAGUUCCUUCUUCUACUUGGAUCCUCAUCAAACUCGUCCAGCGUUGCCGCUUCAUUUGAACCCGGAAGACUAUACGGAAGCAGAAGUCGAUUCUUGCCAUACAAGACGGCUGCGAAAAUUACGAAUUGGCGAAAUGGAUCCAAGUAUGCUAAUUGGCUUUCUGAUCCGCGAUGAAGCCGACUGGAUUUCUUGGCGUGAACGCAUCUCGAAAACUCCUGGAAAAGCAAUCGUCAAUAUUGCAUCUCAGCAAAAACCCGUUCACGGCCAGGAGUUGGGUAGAGACGACGCGAUAGAUGAAGUUGAACCAUUGGACGACGAGUAUGAUGAUGACAUCGGCCCAUGA